GGGACUUUUAUUUUAAAAUCGCAGGCAAAAACCCGGAAGCAAUGGUGUUUUGAUAUUUUUCACACGCUUGUGCUCUCUUCCUUAGUAAACGUGCCAGCGUUAUCGCCGAAGGCAGCAGAUGUUUGCUCUGGCUGAGCAGGAGGAUGUUCCCUAAAGGUUACGUCUUUUCCCAUAAAGAUGGGCAAUCUGGAUAUUUACCACACACGCUGUCCCAGCAACGGAGGACUGAAGCCCAUCUGAACGUUACAAACUUCAUUGGUCCGCCGAUGAAUAUUCCUUUUUUGAUUCCAACAUGUCAGUGGACGCAAGUAGAGCAGCCUGAUGGAAGGAACAGAAAGAGAAGGAGAGAUAAACAGACUGAGAGUGACCUGAAGAGACAGCGUUUCGGUUCCCCAGCUCCUCUCAGCCGGCCUUCGAAAAAUGCCAACUUUACCCCCCAACCUGCGACUGGACCAGUGUCAAGCAGAGAAAUGGGUAAUUCCUAUUCCUGCGUCCCCACGUGCUCAUCUGCCGCCUCCAAGACCGGAGGCUGUGUGCCACCUUUAAGAGAGGGAUCCCAGCAGAGCACCUUUCAGCCAUCAUCAGUCAAUGACAAGCUAAGUCAGCAGAUUCUCGAGCUGUUUCAGGCUUACGAGCAACAGAAUGAAGAUCUGGAGAAGAAGGAACGCUGCCGAGCAGCACUGCAGAGGGACAUCCAGACAAUCUUUCCAUGCGCUCAAGUCUUCUUGACCGGCUCAUCUUUAAAUGGCUUUGGUAGUCGCAGCAGUGAUGCAGAUCUUUGUCUUGUCACCGAAGAAGGGACGGUAAACAGAAAAGAUGCCGUAUAUGUUCUUAAUCUUGUGCGGAAAUUGCUUUACAAAUUGUCUUACAUUGAGAGUCCUAAGCUCAUCAGAGCUAAAGUGCCCAUUCUGAAAUUCAGGGACCGAGUCAGUGGUGUGGAGUUUGACUUGAACUUUAACAACACCGUUGGUAUCAGAAACACCUUCUUGCUGCGGACGUACGCCUAUGUUGAAAAACGUGUUCGCCCUAUCAUCCUUGUAAUAAAGAAAUGGGCAAGUCACCACCGCAUCAAUGAUGCCAGCCGGGGAACACUGAGCAGCUACACGCUGGUUCUUAUGGUCCUGCAUUACCUUCAGACUCUUCCUGAACCUGUCAUACCAUGCCUUCAGAUGGAUUAUCCAGAGUGCUUCAACUGUAAGAUGGACAUUCAUCUUGUGCCCAGUGGACCAAGCAAUAUUCCAGCUUUUGUGUCUAAAAACCAGUCCUCCCUGGGAGACUUGCUCUUGGAUUUCCUCAAGUACUAUGCCACUGUUUUCAAAUGGGAUGAACAUGUGAUCUCUGUGCGUCAGGCAAGAACUCUCCCCAAGACCAGUUGGAGAGAAUGGAGAGAUAAGUUCAUUUGUGUAGAAGAACCAUUUGAUCGCACAAACACAGCCAGAGCUGUUCACAACAAGAUUAAGUUUGAAGCCAUUAAAGCAGAAUUUAUGAAGUCCUACCAGGUUCUUCAGCUGAGAAAAGAUCUCAACUUCAUCCUGCCUCUCAAAAAUGCAAAACCAAAAAGAUAACGUGACCCCCAGAUAGUAAUAAACAUACCGAUUGGAUUAAACCUGGAGUCUUCAGUCAUACAUUGUCAGAAGAAAUGCUUUACUUCUUUGCAGAGGGCUUUUGGGUGCGCUGGACCUUUUGCAAUGUGUUGAUAUAUUAUCUAGUCCCUAGUCAGGAACAUCAGUGUCUAUGUUUGAGUUGUACAUGAAACAUCAGACAGCGAGCAAUAUCUUUUGCCCAUAUGGUACACAGUCUGCAUUCAGAUAAUGAAUUAGCUGUUGCAAAAACUUUUUUUUUUUCUCUGAGCAUUUUUUGGGUGUAUUGGCCAAUGUAAUCCUUUUCUAGCUCACUGAAAUCAGAACAAAACACUAUACAUGAUAUCCCGACAGCUUUUAUGUGAUCUUUGAUUUCCUUAAAACCCCCAAAUAGUAAAAAAAAAACACCUUUUUCUUGCAACUGACUACUUUUACCUGAAAAUUCUGUGAAUACACUUCUUUGUUUCUUAUAUUCUGUCAUGUUUUGUAUAGUUUGUACAGUCUUUUAAAUGUUUAUUUAUCUGAUUAAAAUGUCACUGUGAAAUUGUAA